AUGCUUCUUACGUCGUUGGCUGUAAUUCUUCGUCAGGGAGGGGCCGAGCACUGGUGGGCAUCGGUCUCCCAAACGACAGGGGCAGAGUUCGAGUGGACGUGGGAGGAUUUUAUGGACCAGUUCGACAGGAAGUUCUUCCCUGACCAUGUCCAUCAGCAACGCGUGCUUGAGUUUGAGACUCUUGUGCAAGGAGACAUGUUGGUGUCCCAGUAUGACGCUCGAUUCAUCGCACUGUCGAGAUUCGUGACUUAUCUUGUAGAUGAUGAGGGGCAGAAGGCUAGCCAUUUCGAGAACGGCUUACGCCUUGUCCUUCGGAGUUGUGUCGUUGGACACAUGCUCCCGAUGUUUGAGGAGGUCGUGCAGCGGGCCCAGAUUUAUGAAGUAGAUUGGGCCGAUGCACAGUGGAUCCACGAUCAGAGAGGAGAUCGAAAGAGGAAGGCCCCCUACGAUAGCUCCCAACAGUAG